AUGGUCGAAAUUCCAAUCUUAGUGAGCACCCCAGGGCAACACACCGUCGAACUAGCUCAGCCAGCCGAAUAUCCCUUCGCGCAGUCAUCACAGACCACAGGCCAGCAAGCAGAUCAACAACCGUCUGUCGCAACAAACGUGUUUGUUGCAGCAGAAGCGACCUCACCAGCAAUGGUUUCCGACACCACCCAGACGAACCCGGAAGAGGAGGGUUCAAGACACACUUCCCCCAAACGACAAUCGCCGGCUCAUUCCCGGUCCCAGUCGCGCGCCCGGACAUCACCUCGCACCUGGGCCGAAGCCAUCCGCCAACGCCUAGCAAGCCCUCACUCGCAUUUCCACUCUCCUGUGUCGGUGGACGCGUCAGGUCGGACUUUGCUUUCUCCAGGAAAUGAGCCGGUUCUACGGUCCACCACCCCAGCGGCAGACCUCUACAAAGGCCAAGACGAGUCGAAUUUCGGAAUGACAUUCGAUCAUCACCACUCGGUCAACCAUUUCCUGAAGGCGUCCAAGCCCCAGACAUGCGCGUACAGUUAUGAAGAUCAGAAACACCGCAUGUUGAUGGAUUGGGUGGAGAGGAGAAGAUAG